AGAAUGAAUAUUAAUUAUGGCUACGUAUUGGCUGCGAUUAGACACACUUUUAUGUUUUUGGGUAGGUUUAUGUACAUCCUCCGUUUGGUGACAGCCUUUAAAUCACUCAAUGAAUGUUCAGCAACCACAGGAUCAAUAAUAUUAUUGAAAAUCACAGCAGGCACACCGCCUAAAGUACCAACAACAGCUGAAGCUUCACGCUGUGAAUUUAGAGCCAAAUAUACACCCAAAGUUCCAUUCGCACAUUUUUCAAUUUCCGAAAGAUUAAGUUGAAGUUCAUCAAUACAAAGCGUGUGAUUGUGAUGGAAUUUCAUUGUACAGAAAAUUAUUUCCGCUUGUUUUGUUUGGUUGUGUCUGUACACGUGAAGAGAGCACGUUUGGAAGAGAUCAAGUUCGCACUGUAGAAAGAUUUAUUUGUUAAAAAUCAAAAUAUUGGCGUAAAGGUUUUUAAAAUAAUUUAAAAAAGUAUUUAA